GAGAGAGAGAGAGAGUAAACCCGACCAUCCCCUUCCGUCCCUCCUUCUUCUUCCCUUCCUCCUCCGAUUCUUCUCUUUUGAGGCGUUUACAUCCCAAAAUGACCCAAAUUUGGCUUCUUGCCGGUCGCUUCUGAUAUUUGCGAAAAGGGAAAAGAGCGAAAGGAGGUAUUUUGGAAGGUAACGAUGGCGUCUGGCGAUGCCGGCGGCGGAGGCGUGGACGUCCUACUGAUGGACGAGGCAUACGAGUUCAGCGCACCGAGGUUCUUUGAUUUCAUCAACGGGGAGACCGAGGAGUACAUCAAGAGGGCUGAGCUCUGGUUCGAGACCUCUCUCAGCUACGCUCCUUCUCCUUUCGUGCCAAGGAUCAGGGAGGGUAGAUCUAUCCAAAUCGACAGUCUCUGUGAUUUUGGAAACGUUGAAAAAGAACAAAAGGUUGAGGUAUCAUCCAAAGAUAGCCAUCAAACGGAUCCAGCACCUGAAGUAGAUAACACAGCAAGAAAUUAUCAGCACAAGCUUGCAACUGACAUGGAGGUCAAAGCCAAAAAAGACACCGAAAUAGAGGUUUCUGAGGUUGAGUGUUGCCAGACUAAUAUUGUUCCUCAGCAGGAGACAAGUUCAACAUCCGUGGCAAUAACUGGUACUCUGAGCCACAAAGAAGUUCCUUUGGAGCUCCCUAUUGCUCUUUCAGGUGGUGCUCUGGCAGCAGCAUCAGCAGCUUUCACAUACAUAGCACAGGCAAGUUCCUUGAAAGCGAUGCCACCCAGCAUCGUGAACAACAAUGAAAUAGUUGAAGCUUGCACUCCUAGAACACAGAGAAGUCCAGUGAAAGGACCAAGUAGUGCAAAGACUUUAGCCGCUAAAAGAAUUGCAAAUCUGAUUAGACAGCCAUCGACUCUAAAGCAAAAAUCCAAGUCGCCUACCCAAUCUUUAAAAAGCACCAAAAGAAAGAAUGUAAUUAAGUGCCCUAGUAAUAUUGCUGCAAAGAAUUCCAUGGGUAAUGACAUUGCACAAGAAAAUCAAGCUGUGAAAAGGCAAAAACUGCAUGAUGGAAGAUUUAGACAGAUACACAAUGUUAAAAAUGGAGUGCUAUAUCACAAGUCAAGAUUAGGUUUAACUGGUGGCACUGAUAUGUUAACAAAUGUAGAGAAAUCACUCCGUAAGGAAGUUUCACCAUAUGUAUCUGCUGCAGAGAUGGUUAAUAAGUUUCAGUCUAGGACUAGAGACUUGGAUAUCUUUCAGAAUAGAUCACUUUCACAUAGUGAUACAGCUUCAGCGGUACAUAGAAGGUCUAAACUUACCUUGACGAGGCCAAAGGAUCCAGAACUAGGAACAGCCCACCGGGCUCGUGCAGUGCGGAUAAAGAGCUCUGCUGAACUAGAAGAAGAGAUGCUGUCAAAGAUCCCAAAGUUCAAAGCUCGACCUUUGAAUAAGAAGAUUCUUGAAGCCCCUACAUUCCCUGCAUUGCCCAGAAGUAUUCCACAACCACCUGUUUUUCAGGAGUUUCGUCUCAAGACAAUGGAAAGAGCAAAUCAACAUGCUGAAACAUCAUCAGCUGUCUCCUCGCUGGAUGGUGUGGUUCAGAAUCAGGUCAAGCCCAUACGACUUACUGAACCAAGACCUCCUCAUCUUGAAACAUCAUUCAGAGCUCGACCUUCGAAGAAUAAAAGUUCUCAGGAAUCCGAGUUGGAGGAACUUGAAAAGAUACCAAAGUUUAAGGCUAGACCUCUUAACAAGAAGAUUCUUGAGAGCAAAAGGGAAAUAGGCAUGUUUUGUAAUCCAAAGCCCCAGAAAACUAUUCCUCAGGAGUUUCACUUUGCAACAGAAGAUAGGCUGGGUCCUCCUGCAAUAGUCGUGGAGAUCUUUGAUAAGCUUUCACUGCAUUCUGAAUCGUCUAAUCAUGAGAAGAAAGAAGUUCCCAGAAUCACUAUACCAAAUCCUUUUCAUCUUCAUACUGAGGAGCGAGGACUUGAGAAAGAGAGUCAACUUGCAGAACAGCUUUUGCAGAAAGAGUUGGAAGAAGAGUGGGCUAGGAUUCCAAAGGCAACCCCCUAUCCAUAUACCAUUGAUUAUCCAGUGAUACCACCCAAACCUGAGCCAAAGCAGUGCACAAAGCCUGAAGCCUUCCAAUUAGAGAGCCUGGUAAGGCAUGAAGAAGAGAUGCUGAGAAAGUUGGAAGAGAAAGAAAGAACGGAAAGAGAGGAGGCACAACAAAGAAUCUUUAGAGCACAAGCCAUAAAGAAUUUUGACCAUUUACCACUUCCAGAAAGAGAGAGAAAGCCUCUCACUGAAGUCCAGAAGUUUGUAUUGCAUGUGGAUCAUAGAUCUGUACAGAGAACGGAGUUUGAUAGAAAGAUUAAGGAGAAAGAAUUGAGAUGUAAGAGAUUAAGAGAGGAGCAGGAAUCUGCAAAGAUGAUUGAAGAAGAGAAGGCAGUGAAGCAGAUGAGGAGGACAAUGGUGCCUCACGCAAGGCCUCUUCCAAAAUUCAACAAUCCAUUCAUCCCUCAAAAAUCAAUGAAGCAAGGAACAAAGCCAAGGUCACCAGAUUUGCAUGUGAACCACCGAGUCGAGAGGCGUGCACUUCAUAUGCGAUGAUGAGUUCUGCAGCUGCUCAAGACCGAAUGAACCAGAGCAGCACAGUGUGCAACAUAUUUAUGUUGAAAGGAAGAAAAUUCACAAUCUGAAUGUGGACAAUAUGGCAAGUUGUUUGUAUUAUCAUCAAAUCCUUUUGAUGUGGGUCACUUGAACUUGUUUGUAUUCUAAGUAGCAGUGUAGUCUGGAGGCCAACACUCCAAAACCUUACCACGUCUAUGUUGUUCAAAGCCAUAAAUAUUGAACUCUCAAAAAUGAAUCUAAGCUUUAUGUAUCAUGGAGACUGCACUUUACAUGAGAUGAUUUAACCAGUCCAUUUGUACAGUAUGCAACACUUUUGAGUUGUAAGGAAGAGAAUUCAUAAUCUGAAUAUGGACCUA